AUGGCUGCUAAUGACUACUAUUCCGGUCAAUCUUCUCAACCCUAUACUCGGCCACAGUAUUUGGAUCCAAGACCAGAAGCAUCAGCCCACUACCCUUUCAACUCCUCCUACAGUUCCUCCUCGAUCGAUCAAUCACGUCCUUCGUUAAUCUCCGGAGCCGAUGACCGAAUCAAUGGCCAUGAAACCUCUUCUCAACCAUCCCGAUUCUCCGAUACCAUCCCUCUCAAGAACAAUCAAACCAUAAAUACUAAUCAACACGACUCACGGACACACCUAAAUCAAUAUGACAAUUCUCCAGUGUCGGAGACUGCUCCACCCUUGUUACCAAGCCAAAAGCGAAUACCGCAGAAAAAGAAAGGAUUCUUCUCCGGCAAAAUACCGUGGGUGGUCUAUGUUGUGAGUCUGGCCCAGAUCACCGUCUUCAUCGUUGAAAUCGUUCAGAACUCCAUUGUCACAGGAUCCCCUAUCAUGAUCCAUCCACAAUUCAACCCUAUGAUUGGCCCAUCUACCUAUGUGCAGAUCAACAUGGGUGCUCGUUUUGUGCCAUGUAUGCGCCGAGUUCCAGGCGUUCAAGGUGUCGAACCACCCGUUCAUUGGCCUUGUCCCAGAACGACCACUUCCGACCCUAAUGAUCCCAGUAAUCAGUGCGACCUGGCCGAGCUCUGCGGCUUCUCAGGCUUCAAUAACGAUCAUCCGAAUCAAUGGUUUCGCUUCAUUCUCCCAAUGUUCCUUCAUGCCGGACUCAUUCAUAUUGCUUUCAACCUUCUUCUGCAAUUGACCAUGGGCCGUGAGAUGGAGAAGGCUAUCGGCAGUAUUCGCUUCGCACUUGUCUAUUUCAGCUCAGGAAUCUUUGGUUUCGUCCUCGGCGGCAAUUUUGCGGCAACGGCUGUUGCCUCCACUGGUGCCUCUGGUUGUUUGUUUGGCAUUCUUGCCUUGGUACUCCUCGACUUAAUUUAUACGUGGAAUGAGAGACGGAGUCCCGUCAAGGAUCUGAUGUGGAUCUUGGUCGAUAUUAUCAUUUCCUUUGUCCUAGGCUUGCUACCAGGUCUGGAUAAUUUUUCGCAUAUCGGCGGAUUCUUAAUGGGCAUUGGGGCUGGCGUCUGCAUUCUACAUUCACCUAAUGUCCUCCGACAACGAGUUGGGGAAUCAUACAACAGGUCUUAUCGGAAUUUUGGCUCUGAUCCCGAUGUCAGCAAUCCCAAGAUGAGCUUGAUAGCCGGCCCUCUAGCAACCGCCAAACCAGCAAACGUGGCUGCUUUCGCAAAGGAACCCAUCAACUUUUUCAAAGGCCGGAAGCCAUUAUGGUGGGGAUGGUGGUUUCUUCGUGCUGGUGCGUUGAUUGGGGUUUUGGUCAGCUUCAUUGUUCUUCUGAACAACUUUUACAAAUAUCACGACACUUGUUCCUGGUGCAAGUAUUUGAGUUGCUUACCGGUGAGCAACUGGUGUGAGAUUGGAAACCUGACAUUUACGGAUCCCAAUGGCACACAAACAAAGAGAGACCUUUUGGAUAGAGGAGUUGUUUUUGUCGCUGACCUGUUCACUUUGGAUGGCACUUCAUAA